GUGCCUCUCCCUCUCUAUCUACACUACUUUACGGCCCCCCCUUGUUAUGUUGCAACUAGCCAUGUUUGAAGUCGAAGUAGUUCUCGAAUAAAUAGAUAACUAACCCCCGAAAUCACCAAAUAAUCAUACUGAAUAAUUAUUAUCACCAGUUUUACUUGUACUAUGUCUAGAAUCCGGUGUGGAACAACAGUAGAUUCGGAAAAUUCUGUGAACAGGUAAAGUGCUCCGUUUAGCUGUCAUCAAGAGGUUAUCCCUGUCAUAAUAAUGUUAUCGAGUAUCGUGAAGGAGCACCAGAGCAAACAGCAAGCGAGGAAAGAGCUCCAAGAACAGAAGCGCAAGGAAGCUGUUCAAGCUGCCAACAACUUGACGCAGGCACUUGUAGAUCAUUUGAACGUCGGAGUGGCUCAGGCUUAUUUAAACCAGAAGAAACUCGACGCUGAGGCGAAGCAGUUGCAGCAGAGUGCAACGGCCUUCGCCAAACAGACGCACUCCUGGUUGACCCUCGUGGAGACCUUCUCCAGUGCCCUGAAGGAGAUCGGUGAUGCUGAGAAUUGGGCGAGAAGUAUCGAGGGGGACAUGAGGACCAUCGCAACAGCCUUGGAAUAUUCUUACAAAGCAACUCAAGAAGUACACGGUCCCACCCCCCCAUAAAUCCCCCAAAUCACAAUGAAAAAUUCAUGAUCUCAAUAAUUUUAUUGUUAAACAUAUUCAAUACACAAAUCAAUAAUCAAUAAAAGGGCAGGAAAUAAACAAUCAC